AUGUCGGAGAUUAAUGUGACUGCGAUCAUCUACCCCAAGCCGGAUAAGGUGGACGAGGUCACGGCUCUCAUCACCGAAGUCACCAAGAAAGUGCAAGAGAACGAGCCCGACACCCUCCUCUACUACGCCUUCCGCGUGCAGGGCAAAGACGAGAUUGUCAUUGUCGAGAGAUAUAAAAACCAGGCGGCCGUCCAGACACACGUCAAGUCUGGCUAUUUCAAAGAGUUUGCCGCCAAGAUGGGCCAGGUGACGGCGAAACCAAUGGAGCUGCGGGCGGGAGCGUUCUUGGGCGAUUCGCGAGGCGUGUCGCGGCUGUAA